GAGAGGAGGAGGAGGGACAGAGUGGCAGGAAAAAGGGAGGGAGAAACGCAGAGAGGGAUGGACUGAGAGUAAGUGAGGGGAGGGAGUUUUAGAGAUGGGAAAGUAAAUGAGAAGGAGAAGAAGGAAACUGAGGAAGCGCAGAAAACCCAAGAGGACAGCUCAGCAAACCAGCAGCAUUCCUCUCACAACUCCAAAGAUCCAGGCUGAUAGAGAAAGCAGAGAGGGAGAAAAACACCAGAAGUUGCAUUUCUAUGUCUCCUUUUUUUUCUCUGGGUUAAGAACCGCGCUCUUCUCUGAGGAGGAAAGAGACCAAGAAGGAAGAGGACUAAGAGAGCUUCUGCAGCCUCCUUGUGUCCUGAAGGGGAAGAUGGAUUCAGACUCUGGAGAGCAAAGUGAUGGAGACAUCUCAGCAGGACAGGAGAGCUUCAACUCUCGCUCACUGGCCCUGCAGGCACAGAAGAAGAUCCUGAGCAAGAUGGCAACCAUGGCGGUGGCCAACAUGCUUACGGAUGACACCAGUAGUGAGAUCCUGGAUGAGCUCUACAAAGCAACUCGAGAGUUCACCAAGAACAAGAAAGAGGCACACAAGAUCAUCAAGGACGUGAUCAAGAUAGCCCUGAAGAUUGGCAUCUUAUAUCGUAACCACCAGUUCAGUCCAGAUGAGCUGGACACAGUGGAGCGCUUCAAGAAGAAGAUGAACCAGGCGGCCAUGACGGCGGUGUCAUUUUACGAGGUGGAAUACACCUUUGACAGGAAUAUUCUGGCGGAGCUCCUGCUGGAGUGCAGGGACCUGCUUCACACCCUGGUUGUGGGGCACCUGACCGCUCGCUCACACGCACGCAUUGAUCACGUUUUCAACCAUUUCGCCAACGGGGAUUUCCUGGUGGAGCUGUAUGGGGACGGAGAGGAGUACAGAAUAUCCCUGAGGAAGAUCUGUAAUGGCAUCAACAAACUGCUGGAUGAAGGAACGCUUUAACCUCUUCAUCCUUCAGCUCUACUGCUCCUUCUCCACUUGCUCCUUUCCCUGCUGGUGUCUCUGGCCUUCUACUGUUUUCUUUUCUCUUGCUCACCCCUGACAGCAAACAUCGUCCCUCCUCCUUAUCUCUCUUGUCUUCCUCUUUCUUCCCCAUUCAUUUUUGUGGAGGUUGUUGUAACAUCCUGCUGCUGUGGUUCAGUAAGGGAUUUUUUUUUCUUUUAGACUGUCUCUUUUCUCAGUGGAUCAUUGCUGCGAACCAGGACACUAUGUUUCAUAUUGUACGCAUUAUACAUUCCAUUGGUGUGUUAAAGUGUACUGUACCAACAGCCAAAAAACUGUAGUAGGGUGUUUGUCUCUGUGUGUUUUGAAUGUGUUCAAACGUAUGCAAUUUGCUUGAAUAAUGUUGCGUUCUGUGUCAUGGAAUGUUUGUUAUAGGUCUGUGUCAAUCUUCUCAAAAAGGGUGAUAACACUUGUCUUUUAUUAAAGAUUCCUUUGAAGCAGUAUUGUGCGGUUCUCCAUCCGUCCCUUCAUCCACUGUUCGGGGGGGGGGGCUGGUGUCUAUUUCCAGUGGUCAUUUUUGUGAGAGGUGGGGUGGUACCCCCUGGACAGGUCACCAGUCCAUCACACAGAGAGACACAAAAAUAUGCAAAGUUGGUGUUAUUUCCCCAAACAUAUAAUAAGACAUUGGUCCAACAGUUCUUUUAUCAGUUCUCCUGACUGAUACCUUCAUACAAUUAGAUCCUUUAAUUGUUUGCAGCCUCUGCAAACUAUGGUUUUAGCUAAAGGAUGCAAACAAUUACAUGUCAGGAAAAUCCAGCAUGGCGGACCUUCAUUUCAGAUUCAUCAAGUUUUAUUAUAGAUAAUAGCCAGUUUACGCUCAAAACAACUUAAUGCUGAAACUGAAUCAAAGACUGCUUCAGCAAGGUACUGGUAAAUGGUUGCAACCAGGUUUUACUGCAGCUUUUUUGUUUUAUAUUUGUUCCUCUAAAUGUGUUUGUUUUUCUGUGGGAAUGUGCAAAGCACAUAUAUGUAGUAAAAAAAAAAAAAUUUUGAAAUCA